AAACGUGCGUUUUGUUGAUAAAUUCAAGUGGAUCUUGGAAAACCACGCUGUUUCUGUUUCUUCCUUAAAUUCCUAAUUUCCUGCUCCUAGCAAAAUGAUUCAAACAAAGAAGCGCUCGAUCUCCGCUUCGGAAAGCCACGGAGAGGGUUCCGGGAGUAAGAAACCGGUUAAAAAGUUCAAGAAGUUGGAGGUCAGCAACAAACCGGCAGGAAAGUUUCAGAAGACAACCGCUGCGGCAAACGGAAAACCGGGCGACAAAUCGGACAAGAAGGUGUUUGUGGCCAACACGCCGGAAUCGAAGAAGGAGUACUGGAAUGGUUUGAAGGCAAAACAGAAGGAGCUCCGCCAGCAGCGGCGCCAGAACAAGUCGAAGGAACUGUACGAGCUGAGCGUUAGCGCCAAGAAGGUCUAUGAAAAGCUGAAGCGCAAAAAUGCAGAAAACAAGGACGAGCUCGUGCAGAAGCUGCACGACAUGCUGGGGAAGGAGAAUGCAUACACCAAGAUCGCCACUUCACACGACACGGCCCGGGUCAUACAGUGUAUGAUCAAGAACGCCUCCGAGGGUGUGUGCGAUCAGAUCGCCGACAGUCUGCUGCCGAAGGUGUUCGAUUUGGCCACUUCCAAGUAUGGCCAUCACUGUGUCACGAGCUUGUUCAAGCAUGGAUCCAAGCAGCUGUGGCAGCGUGUGGUCGACGCGAUCACUAAACACGUCGUCAAGAUGGUAAACCAUGCGUUUUCCGGGGCGAUCGUCGAUGCGACGUACAACGAGUACGCCACCAACGAUCAGCGCAAGUUCAUGCGGCAAGCCUUCUACUCCGAGCUGUACCUUCUCGAGAAAGACCGCACCAUCCAGACGAUGAAGGAUUGCUGGAAGACCAAUGGGUACAUGAAGAAGAGCGUGCUCACGACAGUGAAGGGCCAUCUGGUGCAGGCCGCCAACAAGAAGCUAACGGACAACAGCUUGAUCCAUGCGCUGCUGGCGGAAUUCCUACAGGAAGCGGCUGAUGUCGAGCGGUCAGAGGUUAUCGAGCUCUACCUGCCGCUGUUGGCUUCGAUUUCCAGCACGAAGGACGGUACGGAAGCGGCCAUCUUCUGCUUCGUCAACUCGGUAGUUAAGGAUCGUCGAGCAGCACUUAAAGCCAUGAAACCUUACGUUGAAAAACUGGCCAUCCAUGAGCACGGUCAUCGGCUGAUCAUGUGUGUGCUGAACUGCUACGACGAUACGGUGAUUCUCGGAAAACAGAUUGUUGGACCGAUCUUGGAACAGAUAGAAACGAUCGUCGGGAGUGGCGAUUGGGGAAGGAAAGUGGUCGGUUGGAUCUUUUCACCCGCCGAUAAGCAGCUGCUGCAUCCGACACAGAUCGAUCUGCUCGACAGCUACCUGGAGCACAGCAAAAAGGACAAGGAUGUGCGCCGGAAGGAAGUACUCACGGCGGCAGCGGAGGGUUUCUGCAGACAGGUGGAAAAGAAUGCCAGCUUUUGGUUACGUGGUGGCCAUACUGCACUCCUCACAGCGGUCAUUCUGAAGAGCUUUGAAGGAGAACAGUUGGCACGGCUGCAUCGUGCGCUGGCCGGCGUUGUUUGUGAUCCAGACUGGAAGGUGCACGAAAACGAAAUCAAUCUUGACGGUUCGGCCCUGUUGGCGAAUGUGUCGGACAAAAAACCGAAGAAAACGGAAAAAACAACCGAGCGGAAAGUGAAGAAACUCAAGAAAAGUCCAUUUGAGGAAGAUAAAGUUGCUGCCCGUGAAAAAUUGUUGGCCGCCAAUCCGCUGGUUGGCGGUGUUGAGCAUGCUGGUGUGCAUAUCGCACUUAAGAAGAUGAUUAAAUUGGAUCAAGAAAAACGGCAACUGGCAAGCGCGGAAGGCGAAGAGAUUUCACAGUUUGGUCAAGCCGUGAUCGAAGGACUUCCGGUUGAACAGUUGAAGAGCUGGAUUAACCAGAACCGACCGUGCUUUCUGUUGCUGCUCAUAUUCGAAAACGCCACACCAGAAGUGCAGCGAACGUUGAAGGCGAAGAUCGCAAGCGUAAAGAAGGAACUGAAAAUGCAGAAGCACACCGGAGGGAAACUGUUGGUCGAAAAGUUGAACCUUUAGGAAGGUGGAGGGCGAAUCGGAAUAAAUGAAAUAUUACACAAUUCA